AUGAGGCGAACCCCCGCACCAACAUCUCCAGCCAAAGCCCCAUCCUCCACCACUGGAGUGUAUUGCUCCUUGGGUAGCAGAAGACAAGGCUCCAACCAAAGACAUCAAAACGGAAGCCCACCCCACCACCAGCCCGGCAGACACGCGCCGGGUGAAAGAGCAGACACAAGCACGGAAGCAAAGUGCACCGCCCCAGACCAACAAAGUAUUGCCUUCACUAAAAGGCCAGGGCCCACGGCGACGACCCCCACGAACCGCAUGAGCACAAAACAACAGCCGGUAGGAGCCAGCCCGGCACCACCGGACAAGGAGCCCCAGACCGCCAACAAAGCCACCAACACCAACUGCAAAAACACACCAAGCACCACAAAAAACCCUUACCUUCAAGAGAGGAGAAUGUCCGUCAGUGGAAGCCUCACGCUUUCUGCCACCCGGAAGUAUCUUGACAGAAAUGUUUACAAACAUUCUGAAAGGGUCUAUAUGAUCUGCUGA